AUGAAUCGAGAAAUCUGGUCCUAAAUUACACAUAAUGUAGUUGACUCCAUAAAAUCCUUUCCAAAUGGUGGUUUAAUGAUAUUAACAUCAGGAUUAUCAAUUGCCAAUUUGACAUCUUUGUUUCUAACAUACUUUCUUGAAAAAAGCAAAUCUGUAAUCAUUCUCCUCAAUUACUCUAAUUAAGAAAUAGAUUUUAUUGAUACAUAGCUUAACUAUUUUGUCACCUAAAAUUAACUAAAUAAUAACAAAGAAUAUGCUCUCUCUGUUGUUGUCUUGACUAAAUUACCAUCUGAUAAAAGAGCUACUUUUUAUAAAUAAGGUGGAAUUUUUUCAAUUACUCCUUAAAUCUUAAUGUAAGAUUUACUAACCAACACAUUAUCACCCUUCAUUAUUACUCAUUUAAUUAUACAAUAAGUUCAUCAAAUCAAAUCAAAAUAUGAUUAUGAAAGUUGGAUCACUAAUUUUAUCAAAAUAGUUAAACCUGAAUUAUUUCUUCUUGCUUUUACUAAUCAACCUUCAAUAUUACAAUUACAAUAAAACACACCUAUUAUUCUCAAGAAUUUCUAUCUAAAUAAUAUAAUUCCUUGGCCUAUGAAUAGAGCUGAAAUUGUUAACUGUUUAAAGUAACAUCCAUUUAAAUGGAGUGAAAUCAAAAUUAAUUUAAAUAAAACUAUUAAAGAUAUUUAAGAAAUUAUUAUUUCCCUUAUUAAAUAAUGUAUUUAAGCAGUUAAUGGAUAAUGUGGUACAUCCUAUUUAACAAGUGAUAUGGUAAUACAAUAGAAUUGGAGAAAACUCAAGGCUCUUAUUUAAAGACAAUCAUUUAAAAUAGAUCUUAUUUAAUAAUAAAUAUUUUUAGAUAUUUUUUAACUCAGAAAAUUAUUAUUUGCAUUAAUUAAUUAAUCAGCAUAUUAAUUCUAUUUUACAUUAACAUAAAUAAUCAAUGAUGCUCCAAUUGAUUCAAUUUGGUAUAUAUCUUAACCUGAAAUUGAAGGAUUAGUAAUAAAAUUAUAAAAAUUAGCACAAGAGAGAGUAUAUUAAUUUGUAAACAUAUAGGAUCCUAUUAAAUAUAAAUUUAUUAAAUAGAAUGGAGAAGAAGUUAUUAAAGAAAUCAACACUAAAAUUGAUUUUAAAAUUGAAAUAUAAUCUAAAUAUUUAUAACUCACUAAAAUAAUAGAUAAAAUUUCAUAAUAAAAUUAGUCUCAAAAUGAAAAUUUAAGAAUUUGGAUUUGGGUUUAAAAUAAUGAAAAUGUAACUUAGAUUUAACAAUUUCUUGUUUCUACAUACAGAAUGAAAGAUAAAAAUAAUUAUGUCAAUCAAUUUAAUUUUUUAAGAAGAAUUUUAGAAUAGAAAUCAUGUAAAUCAAUUGAUAAAUUUUUAAAUAAUAAUUCUGAUUAAUAAUAAUCUUAAUAAAUUGUAUAAGAGAGAAAAUCUAAAAUAAUAUUAAAGCAUAAUAAUAAAUUAAUUAAAUAAACAAAACAAAUUAAAUAAGAAGAGGAAACUUUAUUGAAUUAUUUACUAUAUUAAGAAUUAGAAUAAUUAUUUGAACAUGUUUUAAAAUAAGAAGAAUAAGUAUUACUUUAAAAAUCUUAAGUUUUAAAAUAAUAAACAUAUUAAUUAUUACCAUAAGAAUUGUUAUAAUUUGAUUUAUAUUAAAGUGGACAUAAGGUCAAUAAAGAUGGAAUUGUUAUUUAAUUUGAAGAAGAUACAAUAAUACCAAAAAUGACAAUUGUAGUUAAUAAUAUGAAUGAUGAUUGUCAGAGAUAUACAUUUAAAUAAACUUAUAAACCAGAUUAUAUUAUAAUGAUGGAACCAAAUCAUUCUUUUUUAAAGGAACUUUUAAUUAAUCAAAAUUAUGUUGAAACUAUUUUAUUAAUGUAAAAUGAAUGUGUUGAAUUUUGGUAAUAUUAUAAAGAGAAAAUGGAUGAAGAAUUUGCAUUUGAAUAAAUAAUUGAACAUUCUAAAGACUUUUCUAGAUCUUUUGAAAAACCUGAAGAUGCAAUACAUAAAUUAGAUAUGCAAUAGUAACAUCAAAAUUCUAGAUAAGGAAAAGGAGAAGAGUUUUUUUAAUUAAAAGAUAUUCAACCUAGUAUAUUUGUAGAUUAUAGAGAAUUUAGAUGUGAUGUUCCACCUAAAUUAUAUUUUCAUGGAUUUUAAUUGACUCCUGUUAUGUUAAAAGUAGGAGAUAUUAUUUUAAGCAAUAAUUGUGCUAUAGAAAGAAAAUCAGUUGAAACAGGAGAUCUUAUUGAAUCAAUAAAUCAAAAUAGAUUGGAUUAAUAAUUAUAAAAAAUGAAUUCAUUUGAUAAUCCAUUUUUAUUAAUAGAAUAUUCUGAUAAUAUUCCUUUUUGUUUAGGAUCAUUAUCAAGACAAUCAUAACAUUUUAGUUCUAAUACAAGAGUGAUGGUUAGAUUAUUAGAAUUAAUAACUAAGUUUUCUAAAAUUUAAAUUUUAUGGUCUAAUAACUCAGAUGAUACAAUUAAAAUUAUUUGUAAAUUAAAGUAAACUCUAGCUAGAAAUUCUCCAGAUAUAAAAAUAUUCAAAACUAACAUUCAAUAAUAAAAUGGAUUAUUAUAGAAUGAAAAAAUUACUGAUUAUUUUACUUAAAUAGAAAAAGAAAUAUAAUGA